UCACCUCUCUCUCUCUCUCUCUACACUCUACGCAUCGAGGAGAGAGAAACACACGCCCCUCACAAAACCCUCAAAACCCUAGCAACGUUGCCCUCUCCAUCUCCGUCGCCACCUCCUCCGCCGCCGACGACGAGAAAGUGAGAUCUCCGGCGAGGUGCUGGGGGAAUGGGGGGUACGAUCUUGACGGACCUCGCGGCGGAGAUCCUGAUCCCCGCCGCGGCCGCGGUGGGGAUCGCGUACGCGCUGGUGCAGUGGAUCCUCGUGGCUAGGGUCCGGCUCUCGCCGGAGAACGAGGCGCCUUGGCCGCAGAGGGGGAGCGGCGACGGCGUCGUGGGGGGCGAUAAGAAUGGGUACGAUGACUUCCUGAUCGAAGAGGAGGAGGGGAUCAACAACCGCGACGUCGUCAUUAAGUGCGCCGAGAUCCAAAGCGCCAUUUCCGAAG